GAAAAGCAAGUCUGCACGGCCGUCAGGGCUCAGGCAGGGCAGCCGCAUGGAGAAACUUUUGGGGUUUGAAUGGACAGAUUUAUCUAGCUGGCAGAGUGUCGUGACCCUACUUAACCGACCGACGGACCCUGCAAACCUGGCAGUCUUUCGUUUUCUCUUUGCAUUCUUGAUGCUACUGGACAUUCCCCAGGAACGGGGCCUUAGCUCCCUGGACCGAAAAUACUUGGACGGGCUGGAUGUGUGCCGCUUCCCCUUGCUGGAUGCCUUGGGCCCACUGCCACUUGACUGGAUGUAUCUUGUCUACACCAUCAUGUUCCUGGGGGCACUGGGCAUGAUGCUGGGCCUGUGCUACCGGCUGAGCUGUGUCUUAUUCCUGCUACCAUACUGGUACGUGUUUCUCCUGGACAAGACAUCGUGGAACAACCAUUCCUAUCUGUAUGGUUUGUUGGCCUUUCAGUUGACAUUCAUGGAUGCAAACCGAUACUGGUCUGUGGAUGGCCUGCUAAAUGCUCAAAAGAAAAAUGCCCACGUGCCCCUGUGGAAUUACACAGUCCUGAGAGGUCAGAUCUUCAUUGUGUAUCUCAUUGCCGGUGUGAAAAAGCUGGAUGCAGACUGGGUCGAGGGCUACUCCAUGGAGCACUUGUCACGUCAUUGGCUGUUCAGCCCCUUCAAGCUGGUGCUGUCUGAGGAGCUAACAAGCCUGCUGGUGGUGCACUGGUGUGGCCUUCUCCUCGACCUCUCAGCUGGCUUCCUGCUUUUUUUUGAUGCCUCGAGAUCCAUUGGCCUCUUCUUCGUGUCCUACUUUCACUGCAUGAAUUCCCAGCUCUUCAGCAUAGGUAUGUUUCCUUAUGUCAUGCUGGCCAGCAGCCCCCUCUUCUGCUCAGCGGAAUGGCCUCGGAAGCUGGUAGCCCGAUGCCCCAGAAGGCUGCAAGAGCUGCUGCCCACCAGAGAUGCUCCUCGGCCCAGUGCUUCCUGCGUGUAUAAGAGGGCCCGGGCCAGAGCGGGCCAAAGGUUGGGGCUGCGCCACCAGCUGGGCGCAGUCUUCACCGUGCUCUACCUUCUGGAGCAGCUCUUCCUGCCCUACUCCCAUUUCCUCACCCAGGGUUACAACAACUGGACAAACGGACUGUAUGGCUAUUCCUGGGACAUGAUGGUACAUUCCCGCUCCCACCAGCAUGUAAAGAUCACCUACCGUGAUGGCCUCACUGGCGAGCUUGGCUACCUUAACCCUGGGGUAUUCACACAGAGCCGGCGAUGGAAGGAUCAUGCAGACAUGCUGAAGCAAUAUGCCACUUGCCUGAGCCUCCUGCUUCCCAAGUACAAUGUCACUGAGCCCCAGAUCUACUUUGAUAUUUGGGUCUCCAUCAAUGACCGCUUCCAGCAGAGGCUUUUUGACCCUCGUGUGGACAUCGUGCGGGCUGCCUGGUCCCCCUUCCAGCGCACGCCUUGGGUGCAGCCACUCUUGAUGGACUUGUCCCCCUGGAGGACCAAGUUGCAGGACAUUAAGAGCAGUCUGGACAACCACACCGAGGUGGUCUUCAUUGCAGAUUUCCCGGGGCUUCACCUGGAGAAUUUUGUGAGUGAAGACCUGGGCAAUACUAGCAUCCAGCUGCUGCAGGGAGAGGUCACUGUGGAAUUGGUGGCAGAACAGAAAAAUCAGACUCUUCAGGAGGGAGAAAAAAUGCAGCUGCCUGCUGGAGAGUACCAUAAAGUCUACACUACAUCAUCUAGUCCUUCCUGCUAUAUGUAUGUCUAUGUCAACACUACAGAGGUCGCGUUGGAGCAAGACCUGGCCUAUCUGCAAGAGCUGAAGGAGAAGGUGGAGAACGGAAGUGAAACGGGGCCCCUGCCUCCAGAACUUCAGCCUCUUUUGGACGGGGAAGUAAAAGGGGGCCCUGAGCUAACACCUCUGGUCCAGACCUUUCUAAGACGGCAGCGGAAACUCCAAGAGAUUGAACGCAGGCGAAAUAGCCCUUUCCAUGAGCGACUCCUCCGCUUCUUGAUGCGGAAGCUCUACGUCUUCCGUCGUAGCUUCCUGAUGACUCGAAUUUCACUCCGAAACCUGCUAUUAGGCCGCCCUUCCCUCGAGCAGCUAGCCCAAGAAGUGACAUAUGCAAACCUGCGGCCGUUUGAACCAGUUGAUGAGUUGAGUGCUGUGGACACCGUCUCUUCAAACCCCAACCCUCCAGAGCCAGAUUCUGAGCAUGCUCACUCUGAGUUCUAAGAGGUCAGCGCCUCUGUGCAGAUGUGGAGGCAGCCUGCUACAGGCUCACUGUCUAUGCAAAGGAUAUUUAUUGGAGAAAAAAAACUAUUUUGAGACAAGCUUUCACAGUACAGCCCAGCCUGGCCUCAAACUCAUGGUAGUCCCUCGACUUCAGCCUGAGUGUUUUAUGGUUACAUGUGUAUCACCAAACCUAAGUUUUUUUUUCCACCCUUGUUUCCCCUCCUUAUAAGUUCUUUAUGAUAGUUUACAGAAUCCAAGGCAACAGAAAUUUGAAUCCCAAGCUUUUUUUAUUUAAGCAACAUGAACUCAUCUUACAGUAAAGCAAUAAUUUUUCCCCCUCAAGUCAGGGUAUCUCUGUCGCCCUGGCUGUCUUGGAACUCUCUGUAGACCAGGCUGGGGGUCCAACUCAAGACAUUCAUCUGCCUCUGCCUCCCAAGUGCUGGGAUUAAAAGUGUGCUCAUCCCUGCUUGCUUUUUAUAAAAGUAAUUUUUAAGCUGUUUAGGAAAAGUAAUUUACCACAAUGAAAGCAUGUGUUUGCUGUCUGAAGCAGUGUACCAGAAUUAUACUUAUUUGUCUUUGAAGAAAGGAAAUUUGGUAAAAUUUACCCAAGGCACCCAGAAGUUGUUGACAAUUUGAAUUGAAAUCUGUUGGAGCAAGGUCUUAUUUGCUGCUGCUUAGUAAUUUUCAGAACCACUGACAGUAAAAUAUACUGAAGCAGUGCAUUAUAACUUGUGUGAAUUCCAAGUGAUUAGGAUGGCCAAGUACUAAAUGCACAAAGGAAUUGUAUAUUUAUAAUUCCUUUUUGUAACCAACAAAUUUUUCAGUAGCAAUGGUUUCAGAAUAGCACUACUAAAUAGGGAAACUAGAUGGCUGGCUCUAGUAUAAAUCAGCUUAGCGAAUGGCAGUUUUCUAAGCCAUGACUGAGUCAUAAGCCUUGAGGUUUUCCUUUUCCUUGCAUUUAUCAAGCCCCAUUAUGUCUAUUUCCUAUUCAUCCUAUUUUUAUCUUUAUUGACCUAUUCCUUCACCCUUUGCAGUGGGAGGGCCCACUACCUUUUUUUGCACAGGUUGGGCCCAAGUCCCACUUGAUGCAUACAAAUCAUUGUAUUAGGACACUGGUGGCUAUGCACAGGGAGCUCUGAUUAUUUCCUAACAGGAAAAACACGUUUGCAUUCCUUUUUAUAAUCUUUCUUUUAAACACACACUACAGAUAUACCUUAGCACUUUUUCCAAGUUCAGCUGUUUCCUUGUUCCCUUAGCCUGCCACCCUUGUCUACCAAGACAAAACGUUUUUACUAGGGAGUGGGAGGGGUUAUUUUUCAAACAUGUGCUAGGAAAUGAACCCAGGUUUCAUGCAAAGUACAUGCAAAGUUUGUACAGAAAUGCUGUUCCCAUGCUAAUUUACUACCAGACUUUUUCCUCAAGAAAAAUGUUGGGGUGAAUUAAAUAUAGAAGAGGGCAUUACUAGUUAAGCUGCUUGUGGCUCACUUGAUAGAGGCUUAAGUCCUGGGUUUGAUCCUCAGUACCAUGUAAGUGGGUUUCUAUAGUGUGCAUCUGUAGUAUCAGCAGAAAGAUCAGUUUAAAGCCACCCUGGUAUAGGUGAGACCCUUUCUGGUUAAGGUUGUAUUAGUAUUCCCAAGUUUGUUCUCUCAGAUACUAGGAUUCCAAGUAAGAGUCACACAGGGGUUUUCUAGGCUCUUUGAAAUCACUAACCCUUUAUCAGACAAUACAGUGAAUUUUCUAUUUGCCAUAAAUUAAAAUUACUUUUUACUGUUUCAAUAAACUGUACUCUAUGACUUCCUGCCACCACAGAAAUCUCAAGCUGCCUUAAGUCCCAGGUGUUACAGGUUCCUGACUCUGCCAUUGCAGAGGCAUACGAGUUCUGGCUUCUGCUUAUCAGGGGGGAAUUAAUGUAACCUGCAGAGCGUAGUAAACAAAGUGCUGAAUGAACCCCAGGCCUUCGAAUGGCACUUGUGAAUUAAAAUGCUCCUACAUGUUGUCCUCACCACGUACCACACAUAGCAUUAAGUCAGGCUUUCUAAAUUAUCAUUCCAAACUUUCAGCAUGGCUCAAAACUUUAGUGGCAAAUGCAGUAAGGGGGAGCAUGUAGAUUUACCUUGAAGAGCAACAAAUGGACAAAGUUUGGGUAGAACCUAGCAUUUUAUUUAGAUCUUCAUUUAACUGUUGGAAUUGAGAACCAGACAUACGUAAUAAACCUCCAAAAAUAGAUCCUGAAAGGCACUUUCUUGCUUAGGGCAAGCAGUCAUGGAAUAAGCAUGUAAACAAGCUGGCUUCUCUGUACCACACCAGCCAAGUCCGCUUUCUCCAUGGCCAGCUGCACCAGCUCUGCCCUCCCUUCUGUUAACACCAGCCAGACCCCCUGUAGGUCUAACCCAAGGUUUUUCUGUAGGACACCUUGGCCUACCUGGGAAUGCUGGAAACAUGUUAAAGGAAUCAUGGUGUUGAGGAAAAAAAAAAAAAAAAAAAAUCUUUUAAAAGCUGCCAUCUGAGGUGAUGGCUUCUCUGUACUUACGCCAUACCCCAGAAUACAAUAAAUAAGCAAUUAGAAAAUGUUCAAGUAUGAAGGGAUUUCCUCCUCCCCGCCAAAAGCACUGCUCUCUGAAGGAAGCUGGUUUCUCUGUAGCUACACCAGCUGUUCAGAAAGCUCAUUGGACCUGGUUUUGAAAAUAAAACAAAGUUAAAACCCUGGGAGGAGCUAUUGUGCAGUGUGGAGUACUGUCUUUCUUAUAAAGAAAAAAAAAGUUACCUGGUACCAAAGUGUGCAACCUACAGACCCUCAGGUACUGCCCUGUGACUUCUCUGUAUGACAUCACAAGGGUGCCAAGUGCCUGUUUUUCUAGAAAUUGGUGAGGUUUGGCUAGUGCUGAAACCAUGCAUAGGAUUGGUUUACUAAAUAAAACCUUAUUACGUACGUCCUCCAAAGACAGCUGAAAAGUGGAGAGAUUUUGAUUUGGUGCUGUUUAAGAGGUGGCAAUUAAUAGCAUAAGCACCAGGGAGAUGGUUUAAUUGUAACUGCCUUUUUUUUUUU